AGGGAGUUCUAAGCUAGGCACUAGGACCCUGCAGGUGCAGCAGAGAUUUUUCAAUAAUGUGCAGUGCAGUCGCGUUCACAGGAGCGCGAGGGCAGCUGCUACAGCGUCCCUCUCGCGCAGCUGCUCCACAAUCUUCAAAACACUGAUCGCGAAUACGGAUCCAAAAACAUUGCCUGGGAUCAUCGUUACUGGCUUCUCCGCGACGCAGCACAACAUCGCUCCACAUCACCAGCGCAUCCAGCCGACAUGGCCUCAUCCGUGAGCGGGGCGGAGGAAGUGCGCGUGUCGGCGUUGACGCCCCUGAAGUUGGUGGGUCUGGUGUGUAUUUUCCUCGCGCUGUGCCUGGAUUUUGGGGCCGUGCUGAGUCCGGCGUGGGUCACCGCGGAUGACCAGUACCACCUGUCCCUGUGGGAGUCGUGCAGGAAGCACGCUGCCUCCGCGGACUGGCAGUGCGACAGCACGCUGGGGCAGAAAGGGACCGACUGGCAGAUCGCCACAUUGGCUUUGUUGUUGGGUGGAGUGUUCCUUAUCCUCCUUUCCUUCCUGGUGGCCCUGGUGUCUGUCUGCAUUCGCUCCAGGAGAUGCUUCUACCGACCGGUCGCUGUUAUGCUCUUUGCAGCAGUGGUCCUACAGGCCUGCUGUUUGGUGCUGUAUCCCAUCAAGUUCAUCGAAACCAUCAGUUUGAGAAUAUACCACGAGUUUAACUGGGGCUACGGUCUGGCUUGGGGAGCCACCAUCUUCUCCUUCGGUGGAGCGAUUCUCUACUGCCUAAACCCCAAGAACUACGAAGAUUACUACUAAACAUGCUACAACACCCACAAUGCACUUCAAUGUCCUCUUCACUGUUGUGAUAGCAGCUCAUGCACUGAACGUUCCUUCGGAACUGACCCUUGACUUUGCAAACAGACCCUUGAAAUGCAGGGCAGUGCCGAGCUGUUAGAUACAUAGAUUUUAAUUAUUUUCCCCUCAGAUUACUCUAUCACGCAAUUAAACCCCACCAUCAAACUCUCAUUCUUUUUCUGUAUGUCAUCUCUCUCUCUCAUGUCAUUCUAACGCCUCUGAUCUUCUUCUGACUGUCAGAUGAGCAUCUGACUCAAGAUGUCAGCCUAUGUUCACAGGAAUACUGCCAGUCUGUGAUGUAAUCAGUGGGGAAACCUCCAUCUGUGGUGGGAUCUGAAACAAGGCAGACAGAAGUCUACAAUUCUGACAGAAUAAAACUGUCAUGAUAGACGUGUUUUGAGACCUGAAAGAUACAAGAUAGAGGGUUUAAAGACAAAAUUAAUCGGUUUAUAAUGCACCCGUGAACAUAAAUAAAAAAAUAAAUCAUGCAGCUUGAAAUAAGAAACAGUGUUAUUGGUACAGUAAAGUACUAAUCAGCCAAACUAAAGACAUCUGUAUAAUUGUAAACUGGUCAAAAAGAUCUUAUGCUUAAGGUGCGGUCACGUUCGCGAGAUUUUGCAGGCAAAAAAAUGUCCAAUGUCAAUCGCUUUAAAG